AUGAACGCUAUUACCUGUUUAGAAACAUUCCCGAAUAAAAUCAUCGAGCUCAACGAUUUCGUCAAUGAAUAUAUGCCAGAAUCUGUUAAGAGUAGCAAAUACGACGAGAACAUCGGUGGACGGAAAUCCAAGUGUCAGAAUACCCUCUGCAGUACGAAAAAUUGGGACUUGAACAGCAUCUCGGAUUAUGCUUCGAGUUACUACUCUCUGCCCAUUUCCGAUCGUGGUCGAUCGCGACACGGAGUUUGCAAAAGAAGAUCCUAUCGAUCGCGAGGUCUAGCUGGUCUAUCAAACACACGUCGAAGACCAGGACCACUUGGACAACUUCUAGCCUUUAUAGUUGGUAGUCUUGCGACGUGCACGAAGAAAAUUGUGAUCGAUCCGUCCCAAUACAUUAUACACAGCAUAAUUUCUACGUUCUUUCAAAGGCGGGAGUUGAAGAACGUACAAUGUGGUCCUUCACCGAACUGGGACGGCUCCACUUACGUGGCCACGCUCAACAAAGAUACCACGAUCAUUGGUAAACUUAUCGAUGUUAUGAGACCCGCUGCAGUGAAACUCAUCGCCGACAUUACAACCUCGAAACGCUGGCUCCAAGCAGUCACUUUGUACACUGCAUCGCCAUCGACCGAAUUAACGAGCGCGACUCGUUGCAUCGAGACCAUCGACUGUUGGGCUUACGAGCUGUUCUUUCAUCUCAAGUACCUUCAAGUGAAUCGCGCACCACAGACCACCGACAAAGUAACAGCCGAAGCAGAAACGAAGAAUUCGGACGUGAUGCACAUUAACUUGUGGCAUCGUUUGGCCCAACUUCGCGACAAUUAUAUCAUUCUGUACGAUACGCUGCAAACUUUCGACAAAGUUCAGGGUAUGGAACCAGAGAAACCGUCGGAAUAA